UGACGCCGGCGGCGCUGGAACACCUGGAGGGGUGGCGGCGGUGCCUCCGGCUCGGCCCUGCCCUCCGCUCCUCGGCCGCGGGCAAGGUUGCUGGUUUCUAGGAGAGUAAGCGUCUGAAGAAAAUAAGAAGCAUGGAUGGUCAUAAGUACAAUUAUCCAAGGGAAUUUUAUGAUCAAUAUGCUCAAAGCCAAGAAAAAUCUGUGGUUAACAAAAUGCAACAGAAAUACUGGAAAACAAAGCAAACCCUUAUAAAAGUCACAGGAAAAAAAGAAGAUGAACAUGUUGUGGCUUCAGAUGCAGAUCUGGAUGCAAAACUAGAGCUGUUCCAUUCAAUUCAGAGAACAUGUAUGGAGCUGUUGAAAGCAAUAGAACUUUAUCAAAAAAGGAUUUGUUUUCUGUCUCAGGAAGAAAAUGAAUUGGGGAAAUUUCUUCGGUCACAGGGUUCUCAGGAUAAAACGAGAGCAGGAAAAAUGAUGCAAGCAACUGGAAAGGCCCUCUGCUUUUCUUCUCAGCAAAGAUUAGCACUGCGUGCUCCUUUGACUAGGUUAUAUCAAGAAGUGGAGACAUUCAGAUAUAGGGCCAUAUCAGACACGUGGCUGACAGUAAAUCGCAUGGAACAGUAUCGAACUGAAUACAGAGGAGCUCUGCUUUGGAUGAAAGAUGUGUCUCAGGAGCUGGAUCCAGAUCUUUAUAAGCAGAUGGAAAAGUUCAGGAAGGUUCAAGCUCAAGUGCGACAUGCAAAACUCAACUUUGACAAACUGAAGACUGAUGUCUGUCAAAAAGUUGACCUUUUGGGAGCAAGUAGAUGCAACCUUCUUUCUCAUGUAUUAACAACAUAUCAGACAACACUUCUUCAUUUUUGGGAAAAAACUUCGCACACAAUGGCAGCUAUCCAUGAAAGUUUCAAAGGUUAUCAGCCAUAUGAAUUCACUAUGCUAAAGAGUUUGCAAGAUCCUGUGAAUAAACUAAGAGAAACAGCAGAAAAGGAGGACCCGCAGACUGAGAGCACCAAAUCAGAAGAUCAGCAGAGUCAGUUGAUUUCAUUAGAUGAGGAGAGUCAUACCAAGGAACCAGACUAUUCAGGUGCUGUAGAUGACUUAUUAGACCUGCAUCCUGAAGAAAAUGCAUCAAAGGAACAGUUUGCAAAGUCCUUGAAAUCAGAACCUGGUGAUAAGGAUGACUUGGUAAUACUGGAUGAUAUCUUCAGUGCUUCCUCCCUGGAAGAGGGAGAAUUCAGUAAAGAAUGGACAGAUGUUUUUGGACAGGAUGAUCUUGCCAUGAACUCUUCAGCUGGAGAUGAGGAUAACAGUUCAGCUGUGGCAUUGACUCCAUCAGGCUAUUUGCCUUCUCAACUAUUAGACCAAAAUAUGAAUGACUUGCAGUCAUCUUUACAUGGGUGGGCAGCUAACAGUGGGAGCCCCCCGUCUAUACCACAGCCAGCACAGAAACCAAACAGCCUGAAUGUGAAUGCUAACAAGACGCCAGUGAAAGGUGAACCUACAAGGAAUCCUAAAGACCGGACUGCCUGGUUCAGUAUCUUUGCUGACCUUGACCCGUUAUCCAAUCCUGAUGCUGUUGGGAAAACUGAUAAAGAACAUGAAUUGCUUAAUGCAUGAGUCAGCUGCCCAUGGUAACGCACAUUCUUCCAUUCAUCAACACUGUUUUUGGGUUUAAAAAAAAAAAACCUAAUUAAAAUUAGUAUGUUGUUGUGAAACUUUAAAGUAUGUGCCAUGAUAACAAAACAAAAUCCUCUUUUAUAUAGGUACAGUUACUUGCUCUUGUUUUGUAUAAAGAGUUUGCAUUUAUUUUCUACAUGGAUUUACAAAAAUGAGUUUUAGAAUUAGGGCAGAUUUCUUGCCAAAUUAGAUUAUCUAUCUGCUGAAAACACUGUCUUUGCCUGAGGUGAUGCAGAGCUAACACUGGAACAAAAUACAAAUUGCAAACUUAUUUUUUUAUAAUGUUUAUUGAUUAAAUUAAAGAAAAAUAAUGUAAGUGAGGAGGCUGCAUGAGUCAAACAUCUAUUGCAUAUAAUAUAUAUAUAUAUAUAUAAUUGCUACAUUUGGGUGUCAACUAAAUUUGUUUUGUUAGUACUCACAAUGAAAAAUCUGUGCUGGAGCUAAUUAUUGAAGAAAUACAUCUGGGUCUAUGCAGCCAUGGAAAUUGUGCCCUUUCUGAUUUAAAUUCUUAGACAAACUGUACUACCAAAAUGGCCAGAAGUCGUCUUUUCUGACUUUUUUUUUUCCAUUGCACCAACAGAAUUUGCACCUGUUUGCAGAAGUUUCUUGCAACUGAUGAUUUACCAUGCCUUCAAAACAUUCAUAUUUCUGUUCAGAGUAUUUUUCAUCAAAUUUAUUUCUGAAGCAUGUGUUACUUUGAGCUUGUUGUGACGCUAACUCUUUAAUAAAAUGAUUUUCACAAGAAA